AGUACGGCGGGAGGCACUAGAGGGAGCUGCGGCCACGCCGGCCGCGCCCGCCCCGCCGCGCCGGCCCGGCCCCGAGCACCGCCUCCCCAGCCAGCGCCGCCGCGAUGGCGGAGGACAGCGAGUCUGCGGCCAGCCAGCAGAGCCUGGAACUGGACGACCAGGACACGUGCGGGAUAGACGGGGACAAUGAGGAGGAGACGGAGCACGCCAAAGGAAGUCCUGGAGGGUAUUUGGGAGCCAAAAAGAAAAAGAAGAAACAGAAGAGAAAAAAGGAGAAACCAAAUUCCGGAGGCACCAAGUCAGACUCGGCAUCUGAUUCCCAGGAGAUUAAAAUUCAACAGCCUUCGAAACACAACACCAUCUGGCAGCAGAUUUCAGCGGGAGCAGCCAUGGAAUCCCAGUGUUCCAAUGCAGAAGUUGCAGGAUAUCCAGAGAGCAAUGGAGCUGUUAUCCGCAUGCCAGGGCCCAGCCAGGAACAUUGACGAGGCUGCAAAGCACAGAUACCAGUUUUGGGACACACAACCGGUACCUAAACUAGAUGAAGUCAUAACAUCUCAUGGUGCCAUUGAACCAGAUAAAGACAACGUACGCCAAGAACCGUAUUCUUUGCCACAGGGUUUUAUGUGGGACACUUUAGACUUGAGUAAUGCCGAAGUGCUCAAGGAGUUAUACACGUUGUUAAAUGAGAAUUACGUAGAAGAUGAUGACAAUAUGUUCCGAUUUGACUAUUCACCCGAGUUCCUGUUGUGGGCUCUGCGUCCGCCAGGCUGGCUCCUGCAGUGGCACUGUGGGGUCAGAGUGUCUUCAAAUAAAAAACUGGUCGGGUUCAUAAGCGCCAUCCCAGCAAACAUUCGGAUUUAUGACAGUGUGAAGAAGAUGGUAGAAAUCAACUUUCUUUGUGUUCAUAAGAAGUUGAGAUCGAAACGGGUAGCCCCAGUGCUAAUCCGAGAGAUCACUAGAAGAGUGAACCUGGAAGGGAUCUUCCAGGCUGUGUACACCGCGGGAGUGGUUCUUCCUAAGCCCGUAGCCACAUGCAGAUACUGGCAUCGAUCACUAAACCCCAGAAAACUGGUAGAAGUGAAAUUUUCUCACUUGAGUAGAAAUAUGACUUUACAGAGAACAAUGAAGCUAUACAGACUUCCAGAUGUUACAAAGACUUCAGGUUUGAGACCAAUGGAACCAAAAGAUAUCAAAUCAGUUCGAGAAUUAAUCAACACUUACCUGAAGCAGUUUCAUCUGGCUCCAGUGAUGGAUGAAGAGGAAGUAGCCCACUGGUUCCUCCCCCGGGAGCACAUUAUUGACACGUUUGUAGUGGAGAGCCCCAACGGUAAACUGACUGACUUCCUGAGCUUCUAUACCCUGCCCUCCACGGUGAUGCACCACCCUGCCCACAAGAGCCUCAAAGCCGCCUACUCAUUCUACAACAUCCACACAGAGACACCCCUGCUGGACCUCAUGACCGACGCGCUCAUCCUGGCUAAAUCGAAAGGAUUUGAUGUAUUCAAUGCACUGGAUUUGAUGGAAAAUAAGACAUUCUUGGAAAAACUCAAGUUUGGUAUAGGAGAUGGCAAUCUGCAGUAUUACCUGUACAACUGGAGGUGUCCAGGUACAGAUUCUGAAAAGGUUGGACUAGUACUACAAUAGAUGAAUAUUUUUAUUCUAGAACUCUGACAUCAUGAUUUGUUAAUAUUUAAUGAUUUCUGGAACUGCCAUUCCAAAGAAGAAUAAAAGCACAACUCAAGUGAAAUUGAAGUAGUCGAUAAUCAGAAAAGAUGACAAAAGUUCACAUGUGACAUUUGUACGUUUCUAGCUAGAAUGUGAAACUUCAUCCUUUUUUCACUGUUGACCUAUUUGUGGGAGGGAUGAAAGGCUACAAAGAGCACAUUCUUGUAAUUUUCAAAUUUUUGCCUGUCUCUUGAAGAGGUAUUUUUUCACCCUUAGAAAAGGGACUGUUUUUCUAUGGACUAAGUAGAAGUUACAGAGUCACGUAAGAAAACCUUUGCUAUUGUGUGGAGAUAAAUUGCUGCAUUUCUGUUUCUUAAGUGAUGGUACAUUUGUCCAUGUAACAGAACAAAAGAUCCAUUUGGAAAUUUUUUUACUGGUAUCACCUUACAUGGUAUCACUGGGAACAUUUAUGGAAUCAACACUUCUGCAGCUCAGUGACAGGUGGUGGUUAUUUAAGUGCAGAGCAAUAUUAAAAUGUACUGGUGACUAGUACAUGUAUUUCUCCAUAAGCAGAGUUGCCGAAUCAAUAAACAUACAAGUUUGUACUUUGAUCUUCACCAGGUCAGUGGAUUGCUUCAAAAGCAGAGUUUUGUGCAAGCACUCACUGUGCUCUCUGUAAGAGUCUGCGGCCGGGCGUGGUGGCUCACGCCUGUAAUCCCAGCACUUUGGGAGGCCAAGGUGGGUGGAUCACGAGGUCAGGAGAUCGAGACCAUCCUGGCCAACAUGGUGAAACCCCGUCUCUACUAAAAAUACAAAAAUUAGCUGGGCAUGGUGGCGUGUGCCUGUAGUCCCAGCUACUUCGUAGGCUGAGGCAGGAGAAUCGCUUGAACCCGAGGCGAGGUUGCAGUGAGCUGAAAUCGAGCCACUGCACUCCAGCCUGGGUGACAGAGCGCGAGACUCUGUCUCAAAAAAAAAAAAGAAAAGGAAGAGCCUGUAUCCGCGACUAACUGGACUUUUCUGCUGUUGUGCAAAGCUUUUCUGCUGUUGUGCAAAGUUCAGUUUCUUCUCAGCAACAUCAAGGAUAUAUGAAGAAAAGGAAAUAAAAACUGUAAAGUCAAAAGAGAUGCCUGGUGGAACUUAUUCGUGCUAUCAGGGCAUUGAUAGUUUGAAUGUUUUUAUUACUUAUGCAAAAUUGCACAUACUCCUCUACGCUGACUUUAUCAUGAAAACUGUCAUGUGUCAUGCUAAUGGAAAAUGUCUUAUUUGUAAAUAAGUAUUCCUAAUUUUGUUACUGAUGGUGUUUUUAAUCUAGAAUUUGAAAAACUUU